UAUGGUAACUGAAAUUUAUCAUUGUGUUAACUUGUAUUGGACUAUGCAUUCAUAUAGUCUUGCUAAUUUGCAUGAAAAAAGGGAUUAUCCACAACAAAAUACACUGAACUCUUAUUUGCAUUGCAGAUAUUCAUUAUUUCGAUUAGUCUUUGUGUUCUCUGCUUUUCAUUAUAAUCCAAUCAUAAUGACUUAUUACAAACAUUUUAUCGACAUCUUUUAGUUUAUGUUAACAAAUCAUUGAUAAUUAGGUGUUAUAUCACAUCACCAUGGUGUCCCUAAGUUACUAGGAUACAUGCGACUAGAAAAAGGGAUAAGAUUAUAAUAAAUACCAUUUUAUACAUUGUUUCGAAUUAGUGCACUCCACCUACGAAUACAUCAAUAAUUCAUAUUUCCAUGAGAAUCAUGUACUACUUACAUUCACUUCUGCUUGUGAUCGUAUCACUGAUCAAUACUAAAAGUAAUUUUGUACUUCGUCCUACAAAUCAGAUUACACGUAUUGGAGAUACAAUACAACAUUCAUGCAGUGUUAUCAAUACACCUGUUUUCAUUGAGUGGUAUUUGAAUACUAAUAAAAUUGGCAGCUGUCUGUUUCAAACCAACACAACUACCAGAAAUUUUAAUGAUCCAAAAUUUAAAGUUAUUAUUGGACGAUACUCUGCUAAAAUGAUGGCUAUGUGUGAACUUAUUGUUUCCAAUAUAGACUUUGCUGAUACUGGUGAAUACAAGUGUAAAACUAUUCAUCCGGAUUCUGAAAGUGAAUCAGCUUCUGCUUAUGUUCUUGUCGCAAAUCCUAUCCGGGAACUUCAGUUAUAUAUAGAUAAUGAAACUUCUCUUUCGGUUGGUCAACGUACUUAUGUUGAGUGCAAAGCACGUGCAGGAAAACCAACACCUCAGAUUCGCUUGAAUUUAGGUGGAAUUCCUAUUCCUGAAGCUCGUGUUGUACAAAAAGUCGACGUUGAAGGUUUGAUUACUUCAACCGCUACAGCAAACAUAAAGCUGACCAAUACAAAUCACUGGCAACUACUGACAUGCCACGUCGAUAUGCAGUCAUAUCGAAAUGUUAAUCAAACUUUCAAAGUUAUCCACCUUAUUGAUUAUGCACCAACAGAAAUUUAAAAAUAAAGAUGGAAAUCUGGCAGGAAGAUUUAUCAAUAUUUUACAAAGAAAAAAGCAAGCAGGAAUACUAAACAUCCGUAAAAAUCCCCAUUGUCAAGCCUUGUUAGCUUUAUUUUAUUUACACAUGUAAUCGUUCAUUUGCGAAUUAUAUAUAUAUGUACAACUUAUGAUUAUUGUUUACUUAAUAAUAUCUCUCCCCUUACAAAAUUGCUUUGUUAAUAAUGAAACUAAGAGGCUGUUAAAAAAAUAGAAUUAUUGAUCUUUAACUAGUGAGUUUAUUCCAUUUGAAAAAACUGUCCAC